CGUGGUUCGCGGUAGGCCCUCCAGACACUAUUUUUUUGGCGAAUGUGGCCCUGCCAAAUUGUAAACAAAUAACUAUUUUAAUACUCUUUUGCAACAUUUAGACAUUCUAAGUUGUAAUAUAGGUAUUUAAUGGGCUUAUGGCAAUCCAUUGUUGAAAUAAAAUCGGCGGACAAUCGUGUUGACCAGUUUAUAGGUUAACUAAUACUUCACCAAAAAAACAUCAAAAAAUGUGUGAAGAUUUAAAGAUAUUGAAGCAAGGAGCCGAAGCGAAGCUGUACAUCUGUAAUUACCUCGGGAAACCUACGCUAAUCAAAGAGAGGUUUGAGAAGAAAUAUCGGCAACCUGAGCUCGAUGUCGUCAUCACCAAGGAGCGCAUAAAAAAUGAAGCCAGGGCUAUAGUUCGUUGUAAAGCAGCCGAUGUCAAAACUCCAGCGUUGUAUUUAGUAGAUUUCGAGCGUAGACGCAUAUACAUGCAACAUUUCGUGCACAGCGUCACAGUAAAAGACUUCAUAAUAAACUUUUUUACAAAACAUCAACAGAAUGGCUCGGGCGAUAGUCCAAACAGCCUUAACAAAAUUGCUAUACUAAUCGGGCAAACUGUGCGAAAAUUACAUGAACAUAACAUCAUUCAUGGAGAUUUAACUACAUCAAAUAUGUUAUUAGUGAAUAAUAACUCAAAUUCCGAUGACUCUUGGUUAGAUGUAGACAAUGUGGAAUUAGUCAUGAUUGAUUUUGGAUUAUCGUCCUUUGACACAAGUGCGGAAGAUAAGGGGGUGGACUUGUAUGUCCUAGAGAGGGCGCUGAUAAGCACCCAUAAUGACUACCCGGAGAUAUUUAGUAAAAUACUGAAAGCAUAUAAAAGUUACAGCAAAAAUAAUGUAAAGGAAAUUAUUGGCAAGUUUGAAGAAGUCAGGGCAAGAGGAAGAAAGAGGACAAUGGUGGGAUAGAAUUGUAAAUAAAAAGUGUUAUAUAAUUUAA